GCUAAGACUACUGCCGAGACUACUGCCGAGACUGCCGAGACUGCCGAGGAUACUGCCGAGACUACCGAGACUACUGCCGAGACUGCUGAGACUACUGCCGAGACUGCUGAGACUACUGCCGAGACUGCUGAGACUACUGCCGAGACUGCCGAGACUACUGCCGAGACUGCUGAGACUACUGCCGAGACUGCUGAGACUACUGCCGAGACUGCUGCCGAGACUGCCGGCCAGACCAUAGAAGUUAUAGAACGGGCUUCUGCGCCGUUUCUACAGACCCUCUUCAACGCCGCUAAGCAUGCCCAUAUCUAUACCGAAAUUAGCCUCUGUAUGACUAUGCUACAGUCUCAACGACAACAACAGCAACUGCUUUUCCUACCAGACCCAGGGAGAAGAUUCGCAGCCAUAACGAACAUUCAGCAACGAUACGGAGUAUUCUGGCCCGACGCCGACAGCAAGUACGGCAGGGAGCCUAUAUUCUAUGACCAACAGACACUAUGCUACCGAGACGUAGAUCUAUGGCUCUUAGCAAUUGGAAGGAAAAUCGUUAAUCCAUACGCUCGAGACGAAGUCCUCCGAGAAUGGCAGAGCCUACUCAGAGGUAAAGCACUCAGCUGGUGGGAAUAUCACCUUAGGCCCGUGGAAAGGAACCGGUAUAGGGCCCUAGGAUGGUACGGCCUACAGAAGGGACUAAGUGCCCGCUUUGGGCCAACCCAGCUAGUUAAUUACAGCCAGCCAGCCAGCCAGCCAGACAGUUACGCCCAGCCAGUUAAUUACAGCCAGCCAGCCAGCCAGCCAGACAGUUACGCCCAGCCAGACAGUUACGCCCAGCUAGUUAAUUACAGCCAGCCAGCCAGCCAGCCAGACAGUUACGCCCAGCCAGACAGUUACGCCCAGCCAGUUAAUUACAGCCAGCCAGCCAGCCAGCCAGACAGUUACGCCCAGCCAGACAGUUACGCCCAGCCAGUUAAUUACAGCCAGCCUUAG